AAAAAUUAAUCAAACCAUCUCUUCUAGAGGAGUAAAUAUACAACAAAACGUGUGCGUCAACCAGUGUUGUUUCUCCUUUCACCAGAGCGAUCCGGGGGCUGCUCUGUGUUUCUCCAGCUCCUGUGGGAACUCUGUUUCUGUACCACUGCAAACUCGCCCAGGGCUUGCACAAAUGUUUGAUGACUCAGACCCUCGGCAUGAACUUUGGGGCACGGGAGAGAAGGAGGAGGAGGAGGACCCCGAUGCAGCAGGAGAGCCCUCGGCCCAGGCGAAGGGCCCAAAUCUGGCAGGAAGGGAGCUGGAGUGGCGGAGUUUGGGAGCUGGGCCUGGAAGUCACAGUGGCCCCCCGGUGAGGUGGCCCUGGGGAGCAGAAGCCCUGCCACGGGGAGAGGGCCCCUCCUCCGGCACCUGGACCACAGAAGCCAUUUGCUUGCGGAUUUGGCCGGGCCCAGAGGCCUCCCGGGGCUCCUCCCGGACACUCUGCCACCCGUCCUUCCAGUCCUUCUACUCCGCCGUCUCUGGCUACAGCCACUGCUCCCAGCCCCCUCCUCCGGGAGCUCCAGCAUCCUCCUUGGCACCCGAACCCAAGACAGGUGAGCACAAGACAGGCCCCCUGCCCUUCCUGGACUGCAGCAGCUUCUUCUACACAGACCCCGCCAUGCCCCCUGGACUUCGGAUCUACAACUGGCUGUCCUGCUCCUCUCUGGAAGUGCUCCACUGCCUGCAGCUCGACACCCCGGCCCCCAUCAUGGCCCUCCGUGAGAUUCCUCCUGCUCCUGGCCCUUCCACCAGGAGACGGUGGCUCUCCGGCCAGGAGCUAAAGGCCGUCUCUGCACUGCUGGAGCUGCCAGCAGCACAAAGCCCUCCCCGUGCCCACAGCAGGGCUGAGCAGGGGGACCCUUGAGAGCCUCCGGGGCCGCCUUGCCUGUGCUCAGCCCUGUGCCAGUCCCAGCCUUGGUGGCGGCAAGGGGGUGCCCAUUAACCUCCAGGCCCCAGAAGCGCCCUCCGAGGUGGCCAGAACGGCACUUGCUGGUUUUGGCAAGAGAUUUAAGCCAGAUGAGGCUGAGAUGAAACUCUAAAGACCCGGGAGGGCUUCCGCCUGCCCUUGCUAGAAGGGAUGGGGCUAAAGGGACACACACACACACACACACACACACACACCCGUGCUGUCCUGUUCUGUAGUCUUUGAUUUUAUCCAGAGGUCCCAGCCCUCAUCUCGGCCUUUGCAGCCGGAAUAAAGUUCUGUUCAGCCACAUCCCUCCAGCUCUUUGCCUCCUCCCGGGAGGACCAGGCAGGCCGAGGAGCAUGGGCAAGCCUCCUCCCUGCCAGGGGCCAGGCCCAGUUGCAGCCGCUCUGGUCCACCCAUUCUCAGCUUUGUGGGGCCCUUCCCCCCACCU